AUGGCGACCAACGACAGCAACAAGAGCAACAACACCGCGAAGCCGCUCGAUGUGGCACCGGAGCUCGAGUACCAGCAGCAGCAGUCUGGCCCGGCCGCCGGCCAGAUCGACGCCCGGCAGGAUGUGGAGAAGCCGGUGAAGCUCGAAGACUCGGACUCGGAUGAGCGAGAGGACCAGAUCGCGCCGCUGACGCGACGCGACACCAACGCCAUCAUCGCCGACAACGACCGCGAGGAGAUUAUGCGGAUCGCGAGCCAGAUCAGCCGGCGGCGGUCCAGCGUGGCCAGCCUGCAGCAGGUGCCGUCGUUGGGGGGCGCCGGGCUGGACGACGACGACCCGCGGCUGGACCCGGCCAGCGACCGGUUCGAUCUCGGCAAGUGGGUGCGGCACUUUGUCAGCCAGGUGCGGCGGGAGACGCGGGCGGCGCCGAACACGGGCAUCUCGUGGCGGGACCUGGACGUGUUCGGGUCCGGCGAGGCAGUGCAGGUGCAGAAGACGGUCGGGUCGCUGCUGAUGGCGCCACUGCGGCUGGGCGAGCUCUUCUCGUUCGGCAAGAAGGAGCACAAGCAGAUCCUGCACGGGUUCCAGGGCAUCCUGAAGCCGGGCGAGCUGCUGGUGGUGCUGGGCCGGCCGGGGUCCGGGUGCAGCACGAUGCUCAAGUCGCUGUGCGGCGAGCUGUACGGGCUGCAGCUCGGGGAGACGUCCAAGAUCUCGUACAACGGGAUCCCGCAGCGGCAGAUGAUGGCCGAGUUCAAGGGCGAGACGUCGUACAACCAGGAGGUGGACAAGCACUUCCCGCACCUGACGGUCGGGCAGACGCUCGAGUUCGCGGCGACGGUGCGGACGCCACAGGAGCGCAUCCAGGGCAUGUCGCGCAAGGAGUACGCGCGGUACAUGGUCAAGGUGGUCAUGGCCGCGUUCGGGCUGAGCCACACGUACAACACCAAGGUCGGCGACGACUUCAUCCGCGGCGUGUCGGGCGGCGAGCGCAAGCGCGUGAGCAUCGCCGAGAUGCUGCUGGCCGGCGCGCCGAUCAGCGCGUGGGACAACAGCACGCGCGGGCUGGACUCGGCGACGGCGUUCAAGUUCGUCGAGAGCCUGCGCAUGGUGACGGAGAUUGGCGACGGCGUGUGCGCCGUGGCCAUCUACCAGGCGAGCCAGGCCAUCUACGACCUGUUCGACAAGGCCGCCGUGCUGUACGAGGGCCGCCAGAUCUACUUUGGCCCGGCCCGGCAGGCCCGGCGCUACUUUGAGGAGCUAGGGUGGUACUGCCCGCCGCGGCAGACGACCGGCGACUUCUUGACCUCCAUCACGAAUCCCGGAGAGCGGCAGGCGCGCGAGGGGUGGGAGAACCGGGUGCCGCGGACGCCCGAGGACUUUGAGCGCGCGUGGCGGCAGUCGGCCGACUACCGGGCGCUCACGGCCGAGAUGGACGCGCACGACCGCGAGUUCAGCGGCGUCAACCAGGAGUCCUCGGUCGCGCAGCUGCGGGAGCGCAAGAACGCGAUGCAGGCCCGGCACGUCCGGCCCAAGUCCCCCUACCUGAUCAGCACGUGGAUGCAGAUCAAGGCCAACACGCGCCGCGCCUACCAGCGCAUCUGGGGCGACAUCUCGGCGCUGGCCGCGCAGGUGGCCAGCCACGUCUUCAUCGCGCUCAUCGUCGGCAGCGCCUUCUACGGCAACCCGGACACGACGGACGGCUUCUUCGCGCGCGGCUCCGUGCUCUUCAUCGCCAUCCUGAUGAACGCCCUGACCGCCAUCUCCGAGAUCAACAGCCUGUACGCGCAGCGGCCCAUCGUCGAGAAGCAGGCGUCGUACGCCUUCUACCACCCGGCCACCGAGGCCAUGGCGGGCAUCCUGUCCGACAUCCCCAUCAAGUUCGUCACCGCCGUCGUCUUCAACAUCAUCCUGUACUUUAUGAGCGGCCUGCGCCGCGAGCCCGGCCAGUUCUUCCUCUUCUUCCUCAUCACCUUCAUCAUCACCUUUGUCAUGAGCGCCGUCUUCCGCACGCUCGCCGCUUCUACCCGGACCGUCUCGCAGGCCAUGGGCCUCUCGGGCGUCAUGGUGCUAAUCCUGGUCAUCUACACGGGCUUCGUCAUCCCGCAGCCGAGCAUGCACCCCUGGUUCGCCUGGCUGCGCUGGAUCAACCCCAUCUUCUACGGCUUCGAGAUCCUCGUCGCCAACGAGUUCCACGGCCAGGCCUUCCCCUGCGGGCCCAGCUCCUUCGUGCCCCCUUACCGGCCGCUCGUCGGCACCACCUUUGUCUGCGCCGUCACCGGCGCCGUCAAGGGCUCGCAGACGGUCAGCGGCGACGCCUUCAUCGCCGCCAGCUACGAGUAUUAUUACUCGCACGUCUGGCGCAACUUUGGCAUUCUCCUCGCCUUCCUGGUCGCCUUCAUGAUCAUGUACUUUGUCGUCACCGAGCUCAACUCGUCCACCACCAGCACUGCCGAGGCGCUCGUCUUCCAGCGCGGCCACGUCCCGGACUACCUCCUCAAGGGCGGCAAGAAGCCCGCGGAGACGGUCAAGGACAAGGAGGAGGACGGCGAGAACGUCCCGCUGCCUCCGCAGACCGACAUCUUUACGUGGCGCGACGUGGUGUAUGAUAUUCCCUACAAGGGCGGAGAGCGAAGACUGCUAGACCACGUUUCCGGUUGGGUCAAGCCUGGCACUCUGACUGCUCUGAUGGGUGUUUCCGGCGCUGGCAAGACGACUCUUCUCGAUGUCCUGGCUCAACGAACGACCAUGGGUGUCAUUACUGGUGACAUGCUUGUUAGCGGAAAGCCUCUUGACGCCAGUUUCCAGCGCAACACGGGUUACGUCCAGCAACAAGAUCUUCAUCUCGAAACUGCCACUGUCCGUGAGAGUCUCCGAUUCAGCGCCAUGCUUCGCCAGCCCAAGACGGUCAGCAAGAAGGAAAAGUACGAGUUCGUCGAGGAGGUCAUCAAGAUGCUCAACAUGGAAGAGUUCGCCAACGCCGUCGUCGGCGUCCCCGGCGAGGGCCUCAACGUCGAGCAGCGCAAGCUCCUCACCAUCGGCGUCGAGCUCGCCGCCAAGCCCAAGCUGCUGCUCUUCCUCGACGAGCCCACCAGCGGCCUCGACUCGCAGUCGUCGUGGUCCAUCUGCUCGUUCCUGCGCAAGCUGGCCGACUCCGGGCAGGCGAUCCUGUGCACGGUGCACCAGCCGUCGGCGAUCCUCUUCCAGGAGUUUGACCGGCUGCUGUUCCUGGCCAAGGGCGGCAAGACGGUCUACUUUGGCGAGAUCGGGGCCAACUCGCGCACGCUGCUCGACUACUUCGAGGCCCACGGCGCGCGCCAGUGCGGCGACGAGGAGAACCCGGCCGAGUACAUGCUCGAGGUGGUCAACCGCGGGUACAACGACGAGGGCAAGGACUGGCAGUCGGUGUGGAACGGGAGCCGGGAGAGCGUGGCGGUGCGCACGGAGCUCGACCGCAUCCAGUCGGCGCCCCGUCCGGCGGAUUCCGCGACCAGUGCCGACGGCGCGCAGCUGACCGAGUUUGCGAUGCCGCUGACCACGCAGGUCCGCGAGGUCACCUACCGCGUGUUCCAGCAGUACUGGCGCAUGCCGAGCUACGUCGUCGCCAAGAUUGCGCUGAGCGUCGCGGCCGGUCUCUUCAUCGGCUUCACCUUCUUCAACGCCAAGGGCAGCCUCGGCGGCAUGCAGAUCGUCAUGUUCUCCGUCUUCAUGAUCACCAACAUCUUCCCGACGCUGGUGCAGCAGAUCCAGCCUCUCUUCGUCACCCAACGCUCGCUGUACGAGGUGCGCGAGCGGCCGAGCAAGGCGUACUCGUGGGUCGCCUUCGUCCUCGCCAACAUCGUCGUCGAGAUCCCCUACCAGAUCGUGGCCGGCAUCCUGAUCUACGCGUGCUUCUACUACCCCGUCGUGGGCGUGCAGACGUCGGACCGGCAGGUGCUGGUGCUCCUGUUCGUGGUGCAGCUGUUCCUGUACGCCUCGUCCUUUGCGCACAUGACCAUCGCGGCGAUGCCGGACGCGCAGACGGCCUCGAGCGUCGUCACCGUGCUGGUGCUGAUGAGCAUCCUGUUCAACGGCGUGCUGCAGCCGCCCAACGCGCUGCCGGGCUUCUGGAUCUUCAUGUACCGCGUCAGCCCCUUCACCUACUGGAUCGGCGGCAUCGUCGCCACCAUGCUGCACGGCCGCCAGGUCGAGUGCACCAUGCAGGAGACGCAGAUCUUCGACCCGCCGGCCGGCGAGACCUGCGGGAGCUACCUGCAGCCGCUGGCCGGGCAGGCGCCGGGCACGCUGCAGAACCCGGGGGCCACGGCGGACUGCCAGUACUGCGCGUACAAGGUGGCGGACCAGUUCCUGGCAGGGUCCAAGAUCUACUGGGGCCAGCGGUGGCGCAACUUUGGCAUCAUGUGGGCGUACAUCAUCUUCAACAUCUUCAUGGCCGUAUUCUUCUACUACAUUUUUAGGGUUCGCAAGGGCGGCUUCGGCCUUGGCAAGCUCUUUGGCGGCAAGAAGGCGGCCAGCAAGUCCAAGAAGGAGGAGGAGGCUGUCACGGAGAAGACUGCUGCCAAGAAUGGCUCGGCUACUUCUACUCCGAAUACCAACUAA